AUGUCUCGCCCUGAGGAUACGCUGUAUGAACCCCUCCCCCUCCCCCGCCUACAUUGCGCGUGCCCUAUUUCUGACCAAGUUGCCAGGGCCGCUGAUGUCUACUAUGACGACUCUGAAGCACGCAAAUACACAACGAACUCCCGAAUCCAAAACAUCCAGGCGUCCAUGACCCAUCGCGCUCUCGAACUUCUCGAUCUUCCAGGCCCUUCAUUCAUCCUCGACGUUGGCUGCGGCAGCGGCCUGUCGGGGGAGAUUCUGUCAUCUUUAGAUCCGGACGAGGGUGGCCCUCACGUGUGGGUUGGAAUGGAUGUCUCACCAUCUAUGUUGGACAUCGCCCUACAACGCGAUACUGAGGGAGACCUCAUGCUAGCAGAUAUUGGGCAGGGAGUCCCGUUCAGGGCGGGCUCCUUUGACGCCGCUAUCAGCAUCUCGGCUAUUCAGUGGCUGUGCAGUGCGGAGACCAGCGAGACCAGUCCGGCUGGUCGCCUCUCACGCUUUUUCAACGGCCUAUACGCCUCUUUGAAGCGUGGUGGCCGUGCUGUCUGUCAGUUUUACCCCAAGAAUGACCAGCAGAAGAAGAUGAUUACCGAGGCCGCCGUCAGGGCUGGCUUUGGCGCAGGCCUGCUCGAGGAUGACCCGGGCACUAAAAAUGUCAAACUUUACCUUGUUCUCACUGUCGGAAAUGGAGGCCAAUCGUCCGACAUCACUGGUGUUGUCGAUGGUAUGGAUGGUGUCGAUAUCAUGGACUCUCGCUACAAGGUAAAUAAAACCGCCACUUCUGUUGUCAAAAAGGGUAGUAAGGCUUGGAUUGUCAAGAAGAAGGAACAGCAGGAGCGCAAGGGAAGGGUCGUUAAAUCUACGUCCAAGUACACAGGACGCAAAAGGCGUGUGGCCUUUUAA